CGUCCAGCCUGUUACCAGUCUCUUCAGGUCUUCACGACAGUGAGCCUCUGACUGGCAAUGGCUAUGGAGUCUGCAGAGACCCCGAUCAAGGAUGGCAUCCUCUACCAGCAACAUGUCAAGUUUGGCAAGAAGUCCUGGCGGAAAGUUUGGGCUCUGCUGUAUGCAGGAGGCCCAGCAGGUGUGGCACGGUUGGAAAGCUGGGAUGUCCGGGAUGGAGGCCUGGGGCCAGCAGGUGACAGAUCAGCGGGGCCCAGUCGUCGGGGAGAACGGCGGGUUAUCCGCCUAGCAGAUUGUGUGUCUGUGCUGCCAGCUGAUGGUGAGAGUUGCCCUCGGGACACUGGUGCCUUCCUGCUCACCACUACCGAGCGCAGCCACCUGUUGGCUGCACAGCAUCGCCAGUCCUGGAUGGAUCCCAUCUGCCAGCUGGCCUUCCCGGGCACAGGGGAUUGCUCCUUGGGACCAAGGGAGGCUGAGUGUCCCAAGAAGGGCCUCGUCCCCAUGGAGGAAAAUGCCAUCUACUCCUGCUGGCAAGAAGUAAGCGAGUUUCCUGUGAUAGUGCAGAAGACUGAAGCUGCCAGCCGCUGCCAGCUAAAAGGUCCCUACCUCCUUGUGCUUGGCCAGGAUGCCAUCCAUUUGAGAGAGACUUCCAGCCCCCAGGCCCUCUACAGCUGGCCCUACCACUUCCUACGAAAGUUUGGCUCUGACAAGGGCGUGUUCUCCUUUGAGGCUGGCCGCCGCUGUGACUCCGGUGAAGGCCUCUUUGCCUUCAGCAGCUCACGUGCCCCUGACAUAUGUGGUACAGUGGCUGCUGCCAUUGCUCGCCAACGGGAACGGCUGCCUGAGCUAGCAGCUCCAAGACCUUGCCCCCUGCCUCGAGCCACUUCCAUGCCUUCACUGGAACCCCCUGGAGAGCUUCGGGAGGGGCGUCCAGGACCCAAGGUUCCCACCUCCCGGAGCACUUAUGUGACUGAGCCUGGGCCCCAGAGCCUUCCCCUCCUGCUGGACCCCACACCGGAAGAGCCAGCAUCUGUGGUCUAUGCCUCAGUGCGCAAGUGGGCCAGUGGGCCCCCAGCCACCGCAGAACACCUCUAUGAGAACCUGUGCAUGCUGGAGUCCAGCUCAGGGCUACCCAAUGGGGGCUCCAAGCCCCAAGAAGGCUCUUCUGGUGGCUGCAGCCCAUUGGUCAGCCCCAUCUACCACAGCAGUGAGGACCUGAGCUGGCCUGUCCCAGCUCAGGACAGCAAUCUGGAGGCCCAAUACAGGCGGCUGCUAGAACUGGAGCUGGAUGAGGCUGGCAGCACUAGCCGCUCAGGCCCACAGGCAGGCUUCAAGGCCAAGCUUGUUACACUUCUGAGUCGUGAGCGGAGGAAGGCUCCUGCACCCUGUGACCGGCCUUGAAGGCCUAUGCAGUAGCAGCAGGGACAGAGGUACUUUCCCUACAAUAGGGGAUAGGCAUCCACAAACACACCCCAGUUCUCUCUGGCCUGCAGGGACAAAGCAAACAGCUUGGGAAGGACUCACCCUGCCCUGCCCACCCUCCAAUGUACAGUGUACAGAUUUGCCAAUAAUAAAG